CAGAUGCUGAGUUUCACUGCCACAGCUGUAAUGGAGUAAGUAGCCGGGCAACGGAGACACUUUGAGAUCUGGUCUGGAUGGAACCGACGGGUCUACGAGACGUUUUCAAAUGUAUAACACUAUGCCUGAAACGCCUACUUCUACGUAACGCACGAAACAUCUGGAUUUGGACACAUGGCGUUGGUUUCCAACGCUAAAAUAUGGAUGAACUGUGUUUUUAGAUCUGGUCUGACUGAGUGGAUGCUACUGCGUUUUAAAAGAUGUGUGGACAAAAUUUCAAGUCUGCUAAAAAAAAAAGAAAAGACGGCAGUCAGGUGUCCAUAUGAUCAGUCUGUAAUCAUCCCUCCUUUUCAUACUGCUUUCAGUCCAUUGCAGCAAUGGAGGAUAUUGGUCUCCUUCCCAAACCCACCAAUGACCCCCCAGUUCACAGACCCACAGUCACUGAGACUUUUGGGCUGCACCACAUAUCGACAGACCAUCUGCACGUCACUGAUGCAAGCAGGAAAUGUGACAUGGAAAAAGAUGGACCGUCCAAAAAAAGGUCCCACUCAGCAAUAAUGGCAGAGCCGCAGAUGAUUCCCCACUGCCCAAAUACACUUCCUCUGGGUACUGACACCACUGCCAGAAAUGGAAACACUCAUCUGGAUAAGGCUGCCAGAAAGAAACCCAAAACCAAAAUUGCAGAUCAGUCAAAGUGGAAGCAAAACAAGCAGAAACAGCUGAGAAUGGAGGGAAAAGCGUAUGUAAGCAAACGAAAAAAAGACGGCGAAGUUGUGACAAAACAGCCAAGAUCAAUGGGACCGAGAUGCACCUCAAAUGCGUGCAAAAGGGCGUCCAACCGGCUUUGCAAUGAAAUCAACGAAGAUACCCGAAAAAAGGUGUUUGAUGAAUUCUGGCAGCACAUGAACUGGACUCAGAGAAAGAUGUACGUGGCGGGACAAGUGGAUCGCAAUGCGGUGGAAAGAUCUCGAGCAGUGGGAUCGCAGUCGAGACGAUCGGUGUCACUACGUUAUCACUUGAUGGUGGAUGGAAAAAGGAAACAAGUGUGUAAAAACAUGUUCCUGUCCACCUUGGGGAUUGGAGAGUGGUCUGUGCUCAACUGGACGCACACUGGAAAAACAAAAAAGACUGAAUCAAAUGAGAAUAGAUUAGAGAAGAAGAUGUUUGUCCCUCAGUGUCCACAGCUGAACUCUGCUCCUUUUAUAUUUAACACUGUGGAGGUAACUCUGGAACCAGAGGAUGCCACUGACGAAGACAAAAUCAACCCAGAAGACCUAGAAGGACCAGCCGGAAAGAAAUCCAGAGUUGCCAGACCUCUAACAUGGAAACAAAAUCGACAGAAACAGCUUAGGAUGGAGGGAAAACCCUACAUCAGCAAACGAAAGAAAGAUGGUGCCACCAUAACUAAAGCAAAAAGGGCGAUUGGACCCAGAUGCACAUCCAGUGCUUGCAAAAGAGCAUCCAAUCGCUUCUGUGCUGACUUCAGUGAAGACUUGAGGAACAAGCUGUUUAAUAGCUUCUGGCAGUGCAUGAAUUGGGUUCAGAGAAAGGUCUAUGUGGCUGGACUAGUUGAUUGCGACCCAGUGGAAAGAACUAGAGCACCGUGGACACAAUCAAGGAGAUCUGUCUCGAUGCGUUAUCAUUUAAUAGGCGAUGGCGACAGAAAACAAGUUUGCAAAAAGAUGUUCCUCUCCACUUUGGGGAUUGGAGAGUGGUCGGUGCUUAACUGGGCACAAAAUGCAUCCCAGGAGGACAAUGCAGAAGAAAAUACAAAGAAGCGAACGCAGAGAAAGUCCCGUAAAGCUUCAGAGCACGUAUUCCUCAAGGAGUUCCUCGAGAGUUUACCCAAAGUGCUCUGCUGCGGGACGUCAAUCUCUAAGCUGUAUCUGGAGCCAGUCUUCUCAAACAUGUCCGAGGUGUACAGGCACUACUACAAUCAGUGCUUAGACAAGAAGGUCACACCUCUGUCUCGGCAGGUUUUCUGUGCCGUAUUUAAAAAGAUGAAUUUGGGAUUGUGCGACCCGAAAAAAGAUCAAGGUUGUUCUUACGGUGCGACUGGAAACUUGUUCAAAGAUCUUUGGGAGGAAUACUGCAUGGAGAGGGGAACUACAGGUCCACAGCCAGAGAAAGCAGGUAACCAGUAGAGAGGACAUACAUGAUCUGUGUUGGAUCAUUGUGUUUAAAUCAGCUGUGUAAUACUUCAUUACUUCAUUUCUGAUGGACACUUUGAUUCUCACUUCAUUCUGUUUCUGUCAUGGACAAGGCUGUGAUGUUCCUUAAAAUGUAAGCUCUUUUGACAUUCUUUGUCAGUAUUAAAUGUGUAAUAAUAUAUUUAAACAUGUUAAUCUGUUAUUAUGAAUUUCAAGUCAAGCGUCAACUGUUUAAUACAUUUGUUCUUAUCUGUA